CCCGGGACACUUGGCAUGUUACAUCUGGCAUCUCCAACCACUCCUCCCUGGAGGAAGCAAUGGGGCCUCUGUGACCCACACAGAAUUCUGAUGGCCUCACAAUGUCCCCCUGAGGUCACCACAGAGAUAACCUCAACACCCCCUGCACCAGGAGCACAAGUCUGUAGAGGCCAACUGUGGGUGAGUGUCCUUGGUCCUCUCUCUGGCCACCCAGGGGAAGAUGCAAAAAGACACUCUGCAGCUGUCCCCGGCAAAUACUGCCAUGGGUGGAAGCCAGCAGGCCAGCAUAUCGAGGCCCCUAGCAAGAGAGCAACUGGGCAACACACGUGUCCCGAAUCCUGUCAGAAGCCCAGCAUGUCCAAGGUGAUCCUGAGGGCUGUGGCAGAUAAGGGGACCUGCAAGUGUGUGUCCCUGGCCACCCUGAAGAAGGCUCUUGCUGCCAAGGGCUACGACAUGGCCCGAAAUGCUUGUCACUUCAAGCAUGUGCUCAAGGGGCUCGUGGACAAGGGCAUGCUCAAGCAGGUGACCGGCAAGGGGGCUUCAGGCUCCUUCAGGCUGGGCAAAAAGCAGGCCUCCAAGCCCAAGCUCAAGGUCAAGAGACAACGGCAGCGGAGGCGGCGCUCUGAGCAGCGCAUCUCCGGGCAGUCCCGCUCUGGACAGCACCACUUUAGGUCACUACUGGGCUCCAAACAGGGGCACAAGCGGCUUGUCAAGGGGGCUCGAAGGGUGGCUAAAUGCCACCACAAUUAACGAGGCAGGCCAGGCAAGCAGUCAGGGCUGCCAAGCCCACCACAGGCUCAGUGCAGUGGGAAUAAAGGGAGCCUAACUUAUUUCUAAUCUGAUUCCUGGAUUCUGGGGUUCAGGGGAGUGGGAGAGGAAGAGGGCUAGGGGCACAGAGGAGGAGUAAGGCCAUGAGUAGUGGAAACCUGGGCAAAAUAAGAGGAAGGAUUUGGGAAGGGCUAGAGGAAUUGGAAGCAUUCAUAGACACCAGCUAGUCCAACCGCGUGAUCGUGUAGGUGGAGCAUCUGACGCCAUAAAGAAGGGUGACGAAGAUUGUGUGGCAAGAUCUGGCCUGGACCCCACGUGUCUGCCUCUUCAUUUGCUUCUCACGCAGCAGGUCCCACUCCCCUGUGUCACAACAGGCUCUUCUUCUUUUUGGGAAAGAGUAACUCUGUCACCCAGGCUGGAGUGCAGAGGCACAAUUACCACUCACUGCAGCCUCAACCAGGCUCAAGUGAUCCUCCUGUCUCAGCCUCCCAAGUAGCUAGGACUACAGGCAUACUCCACCAUGCCUGGCUACUUUAAAUCUUUUUGUUGUUUUUGAGAUGAGGUUUCACUGUGUUGCCCGGGCUGGCCUCAAACUCCUGGGCUCAAGCAAUCCUCCCACCUCAGCUUCCCAAAGUGCUGGGAUUACAGGCAUGAGCCACCACGCCUGGCUCACAAGAGAUUCUUCUAUGGACACCAGCAAAUAAUAAGGCUGAGUCAGGAAAGAUCAGGCCCAGCAUCCAGCCAGCCCAGGGCUAGAGCUCAGAGGUCAAGGGCAGGGGUGAGUCUGACCCCAGUGAUUUAUUUUUCUCUGCUGUUCAUGGCAUAGGUUGGCGGGUCCAACAACUGUCUAGGUGGGCUCCCAUCCCACCCCCAGCUUUCCCCUACUCACUCAGAGGUGGCCAGGUCUCUCUUCAGCCUGUGGAAAAAUGAAGGAGAGGGUUAGCCCAGCUCUAGGCUUCAUGCCAAGGUGCCCCAGGGCAUCGUUGUGUGUGUGGAAGUCUGUGUGCAAUCAUCCACAACGCCCUCCUGGUGCCAGGCCAGGCAGGUCUCAAGCCCCAAGUUGCCUAGAAGGGGGCCCCACACUCCUUUUGUGCCUGAGAACCCCAUUCCCAGAGUGUCUGGGUCCCACACAGCACAAGCGCCACUGGGAGUCCCAUGGGUGCAUGCGCCGGCAGGUGCCCCCCGCCCUCAUGCCCACACUCACCGCCCCUCCCGCCGGCAGCACAUGACGUAGGCCAGCAGCAAGGUGAGAAGCAGGGCCACCAGCAGGGGCACCAGGAGGGUGACCAGAGCAUCCACCAAGAAGUCACGGUCUGGGGCCUCGGUGGGUGGGCAGAAGAACGGGUCGUGCUCUAGGAUGCCAUCGCCUGGGGUGGGCACCUCGUCUGCAGGCUCUGGCACUGACUUAUCCACCUGCACAGAGAGCUCAGGGCUGACACAGGAAGUGGCUAGCUAGACACAGAGGCCCCUAGGAACAGGGCAGGGGUUCUGGGCCAUCCUCCUAUGACCUCAUGCAGCCACAAGGUUUCCUCCUGUCUGCCUUCCCCAGUUCCUGUGACCUAGCAGGACAAGCCAGGACUAGGAGGCACGAGAUACAAUGUCCAGCAGAGGCAAGACAGCACACUGGUUAGCACACAGCUCUAGGGUCUGGCCGCCUGGGUUUGAAUCCAGACUCAGACAAGUCCUUAGCUAGGAUGAUUGCCUCUGUGUGCCUCAGUUUCAUCACCUGUAAAGUCAAGGAUAAUAGUAGCACCUGUCUCCUGGAGGGCAUAAAAUAGGUUGAUGGGACAGUGCCAAGCACAGAACAAGUGCUAAAAAAUGUUGUCAGUCACGAGUCCCUGGCUGAGGACCCUGAGUGAGUUCCUGCUCUGUUGGCCAAUUCACAGGAACAGAGUACACCAGCAGUGAGAUCCCGAGAACCUCAGCUCAGUGUCCAAAGAGCUGUCGUGAGCAUCUUUGGUUUACAGUGUGAAGAGCUAUCAGGUCCUUGUUGUAGGUAGGUUUGCUAGGUGGCACCUUAGAGAAAAGCAGACAGCUGUCACGCAGAAGCCCUUGGUGGGGAAAGGGUUUGCGAAGUGCACUGUAAUGCAGCUCUUGGGCUGGGCAGGUCUGGAGCCCAGGAGUUGGAGACCCCACGUGUGGAUUGCGGGCUCUGUCGCCCCCUUGUGGGUAAAGGUAGAACUUGUGUGUGUGUGUCUGAGGGCAAUAUUGAGAGCAUCAGAGAAAGAAAUGGGACUGGAGCAGAGAGACAGAGGCGGGAAGCAGCAUGGGAGGGAAGGUGAACAGUGAUGGGGCCAUGCCCUGCCCCACCCCUGGGCCCAGGGUCCCUCCUCACCAGGGUCACAUUGCACCAGUCAAUGCGGAAGUGGGGUGCCAAGGUAUCGUAGCAAGACAGAAGUGGAGGCUGGCCCUGGGCACAGCGGGCAUGGCUGUCAGGGGAUGCCACCAUCUUCAGGCAAGUAGAGAAAGGUGAGGCAGAACCCACCUUGAUGUACACCCUGGGACCAGAUAGAAGUCACUGUCAGCAGAGUGGAGGCAGGGAGCACCAGGCACCACUCUGCCAGGGGUGGUUGAAACUGUCCUGAUUGUAGGCUAUGACCUGGGAAUGGGAUUGGGGAGACAGCUAGGAGGGAGGAUUAAGAGAAGAACAUGGCACAGCUGGGGUCUGGCAGGAGUCACAGUCUUCCCGGAGAUCUGAGGUCAUGGUGAGCCUACACAGAGCACCCCAUUUUUCUAGGAAUGUCCUAGAAAAUUACCCUCCCCCUCAAGGAAUGUCUUUUUUGUUUUUUGUUUGUUUGUUUGUUUGUUUUUGAGACAGAGUUUCGCUCUUGUUACCCAGGCUGGAGUGCAAUGUCGCAAUCUCGGCUCACCGCAACUUCCACCUCCUGGGUUCAGGCAAUUCUCCUGCCUCCCGAGUAGCUGGGAUUACAGGCGUGCACCACCAUAACCAGCUAAUGUUUGUAUUUUUAGUAGAGACGGGGUUUCACCUUGUUGACCAGGAUGGUCUCGAUCUCUUGACCUCGUGAUCCACCCACCUCGGCCUCCCAAAGUGCUGGGAUUAUAGGCAUGAGCCACCGCGCCCAGCCAGGAAUGUCCUUUAAUGGAUGGAUCUGGUAUGUCCUCAUGAGGCACCAGGAAGUACAGAGUUCAGGGUAACUAGGGUCUGGGCUCCAGAAAGACAAGAAGAUGCGGGUGUAGCCAGAGGGGAGUGGACAAUGGUGUGAAGCUGGGAAGUGGAGAUGGGCAUGGUAGAGCCCCACCUGGAAAUUAGGGAGACCCUAUGCCUGCCACAAGCUGCAUUCUCCUCUUUCAGGAAGUCCUUUUGGGUUACACACCUACCCUUCUCUUUGGCCCUCAAUGGGAAGGGGGACACGACCCCCACGGUCCAAGGCAGAAGUGAUGUUGAGCAGCUGAAGCUCUCCAGGCUCCCAGAGUCCCCCCAAGGCCGAGAGGAAGCGGCUGGCAGGUGUUGAGGGCAGCACCUCCUCCACAUCAUGGCUUCGUACCAGGAACUCAGCUUGGUAUGGCAGCAGGGGGCCUGGGUAAGCCAGGCGGACACCUCAGGCUGUACCCUGCCCCAGCUCUGCCCCACAAAGCUUCCCUGAAGCUCCUCCCCACAAACCCUUUCAGGCCCCUCAAUGCCCCAUCCAUCACGACCCCAAUGACCCAAGGCUCCAUAGUCUCUGCUACACAGCUGGUAACAGAACUCCAGAGCCUGGAAUCCCAGUCCAAUGCCCAUUCCCUAAAACCUUGUUCCCACUUUCCAGAAUGCCCUGCUCCACUCCCCUCCAAGCCUCUCCCAUCCACCGCGCCCCCCCCCCCGCUCCUCCCCCAAGGCUGGCGUUGGUGGGGAAGAGAUGGGGCCCAGCUAGAGGUACCUUCCGGGUCCCCAAUCUCCAGCACCAGCCUCUGCUGAGUGGUGUCAAAGCUGUCCCGAUUGUAGGCUGUGACCUGGGGGAUGGGAAAGACACCUGAGAGGUAGGUUAGAUGAGAAACGUGGCACAGCAGGGUGGGGGGGGGAAGGGGGAGGGCUGGCAGGAGAGGACUUAGAUACCAAAUUAGAGGUAUGUAAAUUGUAUGUAAAUGACUGAAGGAACACCCAAUCCCGACUGGAAGGGCUGCUCCUAGGAGGCCACGCUGCCCCACCCCUGUGAGUUUCUCAGGGUCCCUGACGGCACCUCAAUGACCUGGCGCCCACGAUCUUCUGAGGUGGCAGAGCCGUAGAGGAAGCCAGGAUGGUGGGGGCUGCGCUGGGUGUAACGGAGCCACCGGGGCAGGUCUGGGUGUCCCUGGAGGUGGGCGUGGUAGGUGAUUCGGACAGUGGUUGGGACAGCUGGUGGAAGCCAGGAGAGGGGAUUAGAGUCACAGCAAGAGCCCUGCAGAGCACACCCCAGCUUGCCCACAUGGGUGCUUCUCAGGCCGCUCACCGUUGUGUUCAGGAAGACCCAGGAACGCCUCAUGGUCCAAGGUGUGCACAAAGACACGGCCCACAAGUGGAUAUAGCGUGGUCUGCUGGGCCUUGGUGCCCCCCAACCCUGCCAGGAGACCUGUGGGCACCCCACAAGUCCCAAACACACAGGUCAGCCUCAGUCCUGGGAAGGGGAUAAGCUCUCUUCCCCACCAAGUCCUUGAAGCCCCUAAAGGACCGAGAGAAGCCCUUCCUUUGCCAGCUCCCAGGAAGGGAUGGGGGUGUGGGGCAGGGCAGCAGGCCCUGGUUGUGCUAGAAGAUGUUUGGUUUUCUAUUUUUUGGGGUGGAGUCUGACUCUGUUACCCAGGUUGGAGUGCAGUGGCGGGAUCUCAGCUCACUGCGACCUCCACCUCCAGGGUUCAAGCAAUUCUCCUGCCUCAGCCUCCUGAGUAGCCGGGACUACAGGUGCACACCUCCACGCCCAGCUAAUUUUUGUAUUUUUAGUAGAGACGAGGUUUCACCAUGUUGGUCAGGCUGGUCUCGAACUCCUGACCUUGUGAUCCACCCACCUCAGCCUCCCAAAGUGCUGGGAUUAUAGGCGUGAGCCACCACGCCCAGCUGUGAUAGACGUUUUAAUCAGUGACAAUGCCCAGACUUUCAUCAAUUUGGGGUUCGUGGAGCCUUUCCCACAACCUUUCCACUCCUUGUUUCAGGCCCCUUUAAUGGCGCCGUGAGCAGGGACUGGUGUUUGGUUGGGAAGAGAGAGAGUGUGUGUGUGUGUGUGUGUGUGUGUGAGUGUGUGUGUGUGCGUGUGUGUGAAGGGCACUUGGGAAAGAAUCCCAUGCUAAAUGCCCAAGUACCCAGAGGAUAGGAAAAGGGGGCAGGAACCUACAGGAACUGCUACCCUGAGGAGGAAGGGUAGCUUUCUGGGACUUGAGGUCCCCACCUUCCUCCCCUAAAAUCCAAGGAAGAAGAGGCCCUGCCCUAGAGGCCAUAGCAGCUGAGCAAAAGGAACCCUAAGCCCAGGAGAGGAGCUGAGGACGGGGCUGCCAGCUCCACCCUCCCUCCCAGGGCCAAAUUUAGCCUGGGCUUAGAAGCUGUGGCCCGGCCAGCUCUUUAAAGGGCCCACGAUCCUCUAGGCCUACCCUGUCAGGCCCACCGCAGCCCUAGGCCACCUCCAGCCCUCAGAGCUCCCAGCCCCCUCAUCCCAGAGCCCAGCUCCCAGCCCCAUUCCCUGGAUCCCAGCGGGCCACAGCAUUAGCCCCCCCAAAGCCCUUCUGGCUCUUGCCUCACCCAACCCAGACCCCUCUUCUGCGGGCCCUCCAUACCCCUAUCUUACCACCCUAAAUCCACCCCUCAUCCCAGGCCUCCCCCCUGAACAAGGCCCCAGCUUACCCAUGAGGAGAAGAGUCCAGAUGAGUGCCACGGCCAUGGCUGCCCAGCCAGGCCUGCCCGUGAGUGACAGAGACAGGGGGCAGGGUGGAGAGGAGGGAGGGAGAGAGGGAGGUGGCUUGGGGCAGCUGGGUCCCAGCUUCAGCCUCCCCUCCCCCCUGGAGCAGGCACCAAAUCUGGGAUGGAUGCCCUCCGCACACUCACUGUCCCUCCAAUUGUCCCCUCCAGUGGCCACAGUGUUUUCUAAACCACCAGCCAACCACCUCCAUCCUCCCUUAAAAUUCUCACGGCCCUCAUGGCCCCUGAGUUCCUAGCUCAUCCCAGCUGGUGGCUUACCUGCCCUACUGAACCUGGCCAGCUGCUCUAGAAUCUCACCCUCCGCCCCCCGCUCCUGACCCCAGGCCCCUGCCCUGCCCACUCUGCCCCUGCCUAGCUUGGCAGACUUUCAAUUCUGCAUGCCGCCGCCCAGGCUGUUCCCUCUGCCCGGAUUUCCCUUCCCACCUUCAUCCAAGCAGAAAACUUUCGUCACCUUUCCAGACUGCACGGAUGUCCCUUCCUCUCUCAAGGCUUUCUGACCCCCUCCUUCUGCCGGGCCAAGCUGGGUGUGCCCUUAGCCGCUUCGCGCUUUCCUGGGCACAACCCACCACACCGCACUGUGGGCUGGAACUGAUACUCCAAGCUCCUCGAAGACUAGGAUCUUGUCGCGUUUGUAUCCUUGGGCCUGGCACAGGGCCUGGCAACCAGAAGGUGUAGCUGGCUGGUGACAGCUUCCUUAACAGCAGUGUAGGUGCUAUCCACCCAGCCCUUAUCCCUAGUCCAAGCAAUUCAGCGUGGAGGUCUAGGAAGACAGCAAGCCUGGGCAGGAUCAACCAGGUGGAGACAGGUGAGUGGAGGAGGUGCCCACUCUGGCCUGUGGAGUCAGGGCUCAGGACACAGGUUCAGAGUCCUGGAGGUGGGCAUGAGUCCCACCUUGGCCACUUGCUGGGGAUGCGGCUUGAGUGUGCCAUUUGCCCUGUAGCCCAUUUCUACAACUAUAAACUGGCAAGAAGAGUGCUUGCCUCUUGGCGUCAUUAUGAGGAAUCCACAAAGUAAUGAAUGCAGUAUCUAUUUACGAAGCACCUGCUAGGCACCAGGCAUGGAAGCUGCAGAGACAAGCAAACCUCUGCCCACGUGGAGGUCACCUGCCAGUGGGUAAUACCAGCUAGCCCUGCCGGCUGCUGUGCUGAAGGUCUUACAUAUGUCUAAGUAUAUUACCACAUUCCGCCCCUCAGCAGUCCCAUGAGGCAGGUAUGAGCACUGUACCCAUUCAUUUAACGGAUGAUAAAACAGAGGCACAGGGGCGUAUACCUUCCCCAAGGCCACAUUGCUGAGAAGUUGAAUGCAUGCAGAUGGCUUAGCCCAGUGCCUGACUCAGUCAAUGACAGCGGCCAAAGCACUUGCCCGGCCCUGCCUCUCCUUCCUUCCUGCCUCUGCCAAAGGAUCUCAGUCCAGGGGUGAUGGGGUGGGGCAUCCUUCUCUCCCCAGGUCUCUCACACUGACCUGCCCAUCCCUGGGGAGCCACCAAAUUACAAGAGUCAGCAUCCCCUCAGGCAAGGCAGUAUUUGUCCCAGCAUCACCUGGGCAUCUCUCUGCCUUCUCAGAGAUGGAGGGAGGGAGGAAGGAAAGUUCUAGAGGCAGAGGGAGAGUCCAAGGGCUCUGGGGGAGCAGGCAGAAGUGCCAGCACCCGGGCACCUGCCCAACCUCACCCCUGAGCUUCUCCAUGUGACUCUCCCCCCUGCCCCCUGCUAUCCCCUGGCUAUUUUUGGAGCCACCCACGCAGCUGUCUUAAGGUAGCAGUGCCUGGCUCCAGUGUCACCAGGCCCACAGAAGCCAGCCUUCCUUAAUGAAAAGCUGCAGCCACUUCCCCAUCUGAUCCUCCCUGCACAACUCAGGGGCACCGGGGACUGUCCCAUAAGCCAGAAAGUCCCCAGAAAGCCUCCCCAGGUCCCUUGGCCCUCAGAGGACCUUCCCACUCAGAGUUGUCUGGACUGCAACCUGCCGCUUGUAACACACAGCGCCCUCUGUCUGUUGGGCCUAGAGGUGGGAAGCGGGGGUCACAGGGUCUUUAAACUCAGUUUGAAAAAUUUACAGCAUACUAUAAUAAGCCCCCAUGUAUCUGUCACCCAGCUUCAACAAUUAUCAACUCAUGACCAAUCUAGGUUCAUCUAUACCCCUCCCAAUUAAUUUCAUCCAUCAAUAUUUCAGUAUGUGUCUUUAAAUAAUAAUUCUUUUUAAUGUAAUCACACGUGUUCAGUUAUUAAUAUCAUCAAUAAAAUUCCUUAAUAUCAAA